ACAAUGUCGGACGCCUGUCAUCGUAGUGUAGUUUAUCAGACGUUUGUGUUAAGUUCUUACCGUUAAUUAACGAUGACAUCAGUCAUGCUUUGUCCAGGUGCAUUGGAGUAGGUUGGGAAUCGAUAAAUUCGUUGACACUGUGAUCAAAUUAUCGGGUUUUAAAUGGAAAAUGAUCAGUUUAAGUUGUGCUUACACUAAUGCUACUUACUCUGUGUCGCUAUCUUUAUCAAGUUAUGGAAUCGAAUGCAAAUGUGAUAGUUAAUUUAUACGGAGCAGCAUCAUGUCUGAAUUCUUCGCUGUCGCAUUAGUUUAAAACAACAAUAAUCAAGUUAACGCGACGACGAAUUCACUCAUCCAUUCGUUAUUCUCUCAGCUAUCAUUCGGAUCUUAGUCCCCUUCACCUCCAGCGACUGUAAUAAUAAUAGGUGUCGCUAGUUAUGACGAGGUGGCUAUUUUUAGAUUUACCGUAGAUUCUAAUCGGGAGUAGAAUUGGGUUAGUCUUGUUCUGACAUGGUCGCUGGAUACCGCUGUUAACUGUUUUGUGACAUAGAUUCUUAGAUGUUAAUACAUUACUGUGUCAAGGUGUCGAGUAAAAUGGAGCACGAUAGAAAUAUUAGAAAUGGAUUAAUAGCGAUGCCGCAGAAGAAAUUGUCACGGAAUGUAUGUGAAAAGAUUCGGAGAGAUCGACUCAACGCGCUGAUACAAGAGUUAGCGAAAGAAGUUCCUAUUAUUGCCUCCUGUCAGAAAAAACUUGACAAAUCCAGUAUUCUUCGUCUAACAGUGGCUCAUUUAAAAAUACAUUUUGGUCUGAAAAAAAUGAAAAUGUCCCAAAAUUCUUGGAGACCAGAUACACAGGGAACGGAUAACUGGGGUCAAGUCUUAGAGGAGGCUGUUGAUGGGUUUUUAUUAGUAGUAUGUAAAAAAGGAACUAUUAUAUUAUUAUCAGAGGCUGUAGGACAGUUACUAGGCCAUAAUCAGUUUGAUUUGAUUGGAAAAGACAUCGAGAGUAUCAUUCAUCCAGACGACCGCAAAUUAUUUUUAGCUCAAUUUUCUCCACGCUGCUCUUCCUCAGGUUCAGAUAAUGGAGUUAGUACUCGAUCGUUUUAUGUACGUUUUUUAAACGUCAACUGUCGAGAUGAUGCUUCGUAUACCAUGAUACACAUCAAAGGGCAGUUACAGGAAAUGUCAUUAUUAGCACGAGAUUCAAGCACAGGUAACGAGAAAGAUGUGUGGUUAACAGGUUGCGGACGUUUAGUAAAAAACGAAACCAUAACAAACAUAUCAUUGAUGGAUCCCGCGAAAGAUGAGUGGAUAACUCAACAUGCCUUAGAUGGUAAAAUACUGUACACUGAUCCAAGAAUUAGCCAAGUGACGGGAUUAAUGCCUGAUGAACAUUUUGGAUCAUCAGUUUACGUUCAUAUAUUACCCGAUGAUCUCGAUAUAGUUGGACGUAGUCAUCAGAAAAUUAUGAUAGAGGGGGAAAUACCGAGUACUGUCUUCCGUCUCCAUACCAAGUCUCAAGCAAUAGAGUAUGUUGAAUCAAAGUCGUGUAUGGCUCGGGAUAAGUGGACCAAUCAACCAAAGUUCAUCGUCAGUCUUAACACUAAAUUAAGUCUGGAAGAAGGAAUUCAGAAAUUAGAAAGACAAAGACAGGCCUGUCCAGCGAUAAGUUCCAGUGAAGCCGAGGAACUGUUGUCCGACAUCAUAAAAAAUGCUUCUGAUCUGACAAACGGUGAUGCGACAAAGGAGGCAAUCAGUGCAUCGGCUUCGGACAAUGUUAAUUCCUUCGCGUUCACUGAUCACGGUGAUGUCUUAAUGGGAACUAUGAACCUGAAUCAACCAUAUUUUAGCGAAUAUAAUAGCGUAGAUAGUCCAAAUAUGGCGCAAAAUACCUCCUCCAAUCAGCAGGAUUCUGAUCUAGUCCAUCAUCAAACCACGAACAUGUCUUCAACUAGUUUAGUAGAAUUUCCCGAUCUCAGCAAUAUACGUUUAGCGACGAUCAACGCGACAACACACAUGGAUAUUACUACUCACAACGAAUCAAACAUGACCACAUUUAACAACAACUCUUCAUUUUUCCCCAUCGACGAGUCCACUGAUUUUUUGGACUGUGAUCUAACAGACGUGUCUGUCGACAAUAUCUCAACCGAUACCAGCAUGCACAGCGCACCAGAAGACUUUCAUAUCGUGAAAAACUCAGUGGUUUCUAACUCUAGUGAUAUAUAUGCCACACCGCAUUCUUUAUCGUCAAAUCAAAGGACCAUGAGUAGCUUUUAUCAAGCACCUGACGUACCUCCUAUGAACUCUAGUCCUACAUUUCAAGGUCGACCAUCAAUUUUGGCAGAAAUUUUGAAUAGAAAACCAGCGUCCCAACAUUCCAGCAUGGAUUACACAACCGGUUCUUCUUCUUCAUCUUACAACACGACAGGUUCAUCUUCAUCUUACAACACGACAGGUUCAUCUUCAUCUUACAACACGACUGGUUCAUCUUCAUCAUACAACACGACUGGUUCAGCGACGAUGUUUGGGUAUCCCCAAUCAGGUAAUACCUGUGACACCCAAUAUUCUGGAGGUGCCUACUCGUCUGUUUGGUCCGACAGCAGUAGUUCAGUUUCAGCUGGUUCACCUCAACCCAGUCUAUAUACAGUCUGUAGUUCACCAUCCGUUUAUACCAUGGAACAAUCACCCAGUGAGUCAGGCGACACCAAUACCAGUAAUGGACAUUUUGAUGAAUUCCGAGUUUUUUCUGAUCAAUUACAACGUAAGCACGAAGAAAUUGAGCAUUGUUUGUUGAUUCAAGCAGCAGAAAUAACAAAGUUAGACACAAUUCUACGAAACACAGCUCAGUAUAAAGAUUCCCCACCAUAUCAGAAAUUACAGCAGCGCUUAAUAGAAAUCAAGGCUAAUCAACGUGCUAUGGAGAUUGAACUUCUACAGUUGAAAAGGGAUGUUAAUGAAACUAACGAGCAUUUACCACAUUCCACCAAUCAACAUCUAGCACCCUUGUCUCCUGACAGCACCUCAUUGAUGUCAAUCAGCGAAUCAAAUUCUAUAAAUGGUCACAUGAUUUCGUCGCCACGCACUCCAAGUAGUCCAGAUUCCCUUCAAUCGAUCCCAAAAGGCAGCUCAUCAUCGUCAGAUAUACAGUGUGUUCCAGAUGACCCGAUAUCGGCAGUGUGUGAUGGAUAUCGUAAAUUAACCGCUAAGGAGCGAGUCGAGCGUAUUAAAAAAGCAAUGGAAAAAAUCCCCGCACCCGUGGAAGGCAUUCAACCAAAACAUAAACUGUUUUCAUUGUGAUUCAUUGAAACAUAGUGUGAUACAACCGUUUUAUACAGAGUUAUGGCCCUUGAGUAUUGAGCGUAAUACAACUAUUUUAUACAUAGUUAUGACCCUUGAUUAGAUAUUGAGUGUGAAGUGUGAUAUAAUGGUUAUACAGAGUUAUGGCCCUUGAUUAAGUAGAUUCGAGUAAGAUGUAGCUAGCUGUUUAUUACAGAGUUGUGGCCCUUGAUGUAGUAGUUUUGGGCAAAAUGCGCUGUUUAUUACAGAGUUGCAGCCCUUGAUUAGGUAGUGACACAGCUGAUUAAUACAGUAGCAUGAGUGUGAUGUGACAGUUUACUACAAUUGUGACUCUUGAUUAAGUAGUGAUACAGAGUAAUGGCCCUUGAUAAAGUAGUGAUACAGUUGUGUUAUACAGAGUUAUGGCCCUUGAUUAAACAGUGAUACAACUGUUUUAUACAGAGUUAUGGCCCUUGAUUAAGUAGUGAUAAAGCUGUGUUAUACAGAGUUACAACCCUUGAUUUUGUAGUUUGAACAGAUAAUAAAAGUUUCAGUUGACUUGAAACAAAGAACAGGACCAAAAUAUAAACAUGUGUUUUCAGUGUUUUGUAUCUGUUUUAGUAAGAGUUACAGCCCUUGAAACAAUAAAAGAAGUGACUGAAGUCCAGGACCAAAAUAUAAACUGUGUAUAUUCAGUGUGAUAUGACUGUUUUGUGCAGAGUUGCGGUUCUUGAUUAAGUAUUAUAAGACUUAUUAUGAAUGAAAUAGUACCAGAACUAAUACUUAUUCACUAUUCAUAGAUUGUUUUUUUUUUCAUUAACUGUGGGCUCAUUUGGAAUAACUUCCAUGACACUUUAAUUAUGAACAAUCCCUGUGAAAAAAAUAUUUAUUUGUGUUCGUGACAGAACUUUUGACCACAGAAGUAGGUCAGCCAAAUGAUUUAAUGAAAUGGGACGAAGGACAGAGUUUCCAAUAUCAGGGACAUGCCUGGAAGUUUUAAAAUUUGCGAGAGUGGUGUUUUGCUCUUGAGAAAGCUCAGAUAAUACUUGUGGAAGUUCUAGAGGCUGAAGUUGUCUCAUCAUACUGACUUUAAGUGGAUGCACAGUGUCUAUGUUAAUGAGAGGUAGAAUCCUAUUGAUUUUCAACAAUGUUUGUAAUUAACUAUUUCUCAUAAUUACUUGAUGGAUUAUUGCCCUUGACAGGUUUUAAUGUCUUGUAAAUGCUCCCAUUACCUACAAAAGAAAAGAAAAGGGAGACAACAUUGCUCAAAUCACUUGUGUGUAAUUUUUGUUGCCGGACAACCUAUAUUUUAUAUAAGCUGUGAAUAUUUACAGGGGUCAAAAUCAAAAUAUUAAAAAAAACCUUAAAUACCCAUUUUGAAUAUCAAACCACAUUUAAUCAAUGAUUAAAUACAAUAGAUCACAUGUAUUUAUUAAAAUUUGAAGAGCCCCGGGGAAGAACGAUCUAAGUCACUUUUUCAACGAACUUCAGUUAAUGGCGCCAUCUGAUAGCAAAUUGUAUAAGCUUUCUGUGGAACAAUCAAUUUCAGGUAAAAACGAUCAGAGUCACAUCAAACCAAGGCCCUUCUGAAAUGGCCUCCCGGACAAAUACAAGUCCAUCGUAUUUAUUUGACCUUAAUUUGGCUGAAAAGUGUAAGUCAGUUGUUGUACUGGUAAUUAUGAUUCGUAUUAAACAUCAUUUUGAAGUUGUAACUAAACCCACUCGUUGUUCUGUUCGCAUCAAGCAUUCUCGUCCAAAAGUCUGUUUUGCCUUUUAUGCAAAAAGACAAAAAUGUGACUUAGAUCGUUCUUCCCCUGGACUCUUCAUUUGUUUUUAAAAUUUAAUUUAAUCUGAGAAUAAUAAAAUUAAGGUCUUUAUAAAGUUUAACUAUAAUAAUUACCUACUUAUAAGGUAAACAUUUUUUUGUUUUUUUUAAUUCUGAGAAUCAAGGUCUUUUUAUAAUUUUAAACCAGUUCUUAAAUUUAACCAGGAUCUUAUAAUGGGGUCGAUUUUCUAAUCCACAAAUAUUUACUUAAUCAGAUUAAAAUACAGAUGUAUAUUUCGUUUCGUUUGUUUAUACUUUAGAUGGCCUACACUACAUCAAGAUCUGACCAGUUGUACUGGGAGGUCGUGUCAGGGAAUCAUACGGGUGGCGUUUUGCCCUUUGACGUCAGACAUUUGUUUAACCAAUUAGCAUUGAUGUUACUAGUGGAUUUAUCAGUUUCUUGCAAAACAUGCCUGUAACUCGCUGUAGCAGACCAUUUCAUUGGCUAAUCCCUCACACCAUCCAGAACACGUCAAUGAUAACAACUCUUCCAGAUCCUAGUGUAGUAAAGACAAGUAAAACGAAAUUUUGAACUAUAAAAACGAAACGAAAUAGGAUCUAUAUCUUGCUAAUAUUAUUCUAAACAUCACCCAAAUAAAUAAGUAUGUGUUAUAGUUUAUUGCUCUUUCCAAUUACUUAAUGUCUUUAUAAUAUUAUUGAUUAAUUUACAUCAAGUUUCAUAUUGAUGCCUACACAAAAAGUUCUGGGUGCCUUAAUCCAACAGAAAGAGCGUAAUGGAUGCCUUGAAACCAAAAGCCUUACCUGAUAUGGUUUUAUAGCCAAUGGUAGCCUUGAACACAAAAUAUUCCUUGUUUAUAUGAUAACUACGGCCUUAUAACCAUAUCUUAACGAUACAUUAUAGGCGAUUAGAUAAAAAGAGCUGGUAGUUCUCACUAUUAUAGUUAAAAACUAAAUAAUGUAAGGGGAAUUUGCUGAAAAUUUCAGUCAAACUUAUCCACUCUGAACCGAGUAUUUAGCUAUUGAAUUUUUGGCCUAACCUCGAUCAUCAUUACUAAAGUCGUUACGAUAGAAAAACAUAGUCUCGAUUAUCCAUUUUUUGAUUCAAUCAGAAGUAGCAGACCACGUUCCAAUCCAGUAAAUAUCGCAGGCUAGCGAUGCCAUCGAGAGAUGCUUAUGGUCUGGAUAAUUUAAUAAAUAUCUAAUUAAUAAUUUAGAUAACAUUUUAGACCUAAAGUUAGACCUGCAAUUGUCAGAUUUAGCUCUUGCAUAAUGUAUGUUUAAAGAUACAUUAUGGGAGAUUAGAUAAAGAGCUGACAGUUUUCACUAUAAUAGUUAAAAACUAGAUGGUGUAAAUGAAUCAUGCUGAAAAUGUCAGUCAAAUUGCUUCACUCUAAGCCGAGAAAACCCUAUUUUAAAAUCCUGUAGCCUCGAUUGUCAUUGUUACUGCUGUUACGAUAAUUAACAAAGUCUCGUCUCGAUUAUCCAUUUUUGCGUUUAAUCAAUAACAGAAGUUGAGCAGCAGAUCGGAUUCAAAUCCAAAGAAAAUACGACACAUAAGAUGACAGGGAGAUUUGAUUAUGGUCUUGUUUUGUUAAUAAAUGUCUAAUUAAUAGUUUAUAUAUCAUUUCCAGCCUAAAGAAAGACCUGCAAUAGGCAGAUUUACAUCUUGCAUAAUAUAUGUUUAAUAUUUGAACAAUAAUUCAACAUUUUCAUUGGCCAAGAAUUUAAAUACUAAUACAAGUUAUACCUUUUAACCAAUGAAAAGGCAUCAUUUGUUAAAUAUUUCAGUUGUAAAUUUUGUGAGUAUAGGGUUAAUAAAGUGACUUCUUGGGUAAGUGUUCGCUCAAUCCAUUAAUUUUCAGUGCACACUUCAAGGCACUAUCCUAAAUGAUAAGGCCAGCUUAAUGUUUCGUCAUAGGUCACGAGAUGUAAACAGGGCUAUAGCGCUAAUCCCAAACCUUAUCCUAACCCUGGACUUAGCCCCAAUGCUUACUUACAUUGUACAUGAACUCAAACCCUAACCUACAAUCUCGCCAACAAUCACGUUCCCUAACCUUAUUUACAUCUCAGUGACCUUGACAAAAAUUGAACUGGCCUUAACAAAUAGAUUUAGCUGAAAAAGGACGUUACUCAGUUGUUGUCGUCGUUGAAGAUGACGGAUCCACGCCACCCGAUUCUGAAAUAACCUCGAGUCGAAUCGGGAGUAAUUACUGACAGCCCUAAACAUCGUAACCACCUGUUAUUAUUAAUAUAUAUGUUGUUGAUUAAUAUAUAAUAAUGUCUCUUUGUUGUUAAUUAUAAGUGGCCUUAAUGUUUGUCAAAAUUUUUAAAUGUUGUUUUUGUUGAUUGUUUACUUUAAAUUCUAUAAAUUGUAUUAAAAUAUUCUAUUUUAUUUAAUGAAAUGUAUCUUGUCUAUCUCAGGCUAUAUCACGUAAACAAGUUUCACAAAUUCUAUAAAUUUUAUGUGAAAUAUUAAAUCUAGUGUGUCUGAAAAUCAAUUAUUUUAAUUAUUAAAUGUUGAUCGUUUAAAAUUAAUAGAGACUUUGGGCAAUAGUAAAUUCCUGGUCCGUAUCAUGUAUCCAUAUCGAUAUUGUGUGUGACGUCAUCAAUACGUGUGUAUUUCUCAUACGUCAUUCGACAGCACGUAUCGAACAGCAUUUAUACAGAAAAGGUCCGUAUAACAUCGUCGUCUUUUUACCGUAUUUUUGCUACUUUUAGAAGUUGAAAUGUUGUAUCAUAGCGUUUGUAUGAACCUAUGUGUAUCCAAGAACACGAAGGGUUAUAUUUUAUAUGAUUUUAACCAUGAUAAAGACUGGAAGUUAAUCAUUAUUUUUACGGAAUUAUCAUAUUUUUCUAGUUUGUCUACAUGCUGGUUGAUCAACAUGCUAAAUUUAGGGAGGUGGGACCUUGCAAAUCUGUAAAAGGGGUAUGUAUAUACUUUCUGAAAUGAUACAUUAGUGAAACCAAAAGUUGCUGUCGAAUGGAAGUCGACAAUUUUUAAUAAGAUUCGACACUCCUUUCAGGAAUUUGUAGGCUAGGCACUUGACUACUACUGAUGUUGAUCUUGGUAGAUAACUGCCAUAAUGCUGUAAUAGAACCAUAAAGCUCAGCUCAGCUACCCAUACGUAUGCGACGCAAAAAUCUGCCAAUACUCAAAAAAUACAUUGACGCAACGUAUCCAUGACGAUACGGAUACGUGAUAUGGAUGGGAAAAAUUCCGCUUGCGAAAAGUCCCUAAGAUCUCGUCUAUCUCAGGCUGUUGCGUAAACAAGUUUCGUAUUGAAUUCUGUAAAAUUUAAUAAAUAUAUUUAAGUCAAUUAUAAUAAUAUUUAAAUAUUGAAUUUAUUUUAGUAAUAUAUAUAUAUUAUCUUUUUAUCAGGCUGAAAAAUGUCUGCGAUACCAGAGUUUAAUCAGCCUAGAACCGAUAUUGCUGUAAGAGAGAGCGAAAGAGAAAUGGGGUUGAAGGUCCAUUCGACACAAACUAGAUCAUUUUGAGACUAACCUAUGGUUCAGUUUUAUUUCAAUAAUUCGCUUGCACGUGGUUUCUAAUCCCCGGUUGUACGUGACAAGGAGUAGGGUCGCCUGUCCAACCUCGUGGGUUUUCUCCUGAUCCUCCCACUGCUAAAGAUCCCUACGCACAAGCGAAUUAUUGAAAUAAUUAGUCCCGAAAUGACCGGGUUUGUGUCCAAUGAAGGUUAAACCCAUCUCUCUCUCUCUCUCUACCUCUCUCUUGCGCCAUUUUGUUAAUUUGCAUAAUAUUUUGGAUUUAGGCCCAAAACGGGUAGUUUUCUUGGAGACAUAGUCUGUAAUCCAGAAUCUGACUAUGGUUCUGUAGAAAUGUUUGAGUUGGGAGAAUUUUUUUGUAGAAAUGUUUAGUGGGCGCCGAAGUAAAUAUUUUGAACUUUUAGAGCUUUUUUCGUGUUGUCACUUAAAAAUUUGGUAUUAUUUUCAUGAAAAAUUAAUAAAAGUUUAAUAAUAAAUAUAUUUUUUGCUUUAGUACGCAUAGACAGCUUCAUUCUGACCUUUAUUUCAUAAACAUUGAUAGAAAACUAACAGGUAGAAUAAAAUUGAAAUAACGUUGGUGGCCAUCUUUGAUGAAGUCAAAGGGGAAUAACCUACGACGUGGUGAGUGUCCACUCAAGUCCAAAUUACUGACUAAAGCCACCUACUAUACAUUUUUUCAAAAAAAUUCUCCUUACUCAAACUUUCCUACAUAUCCAUUGUCAGAUCCAGGACUAUUGGUCUAUUAAGAUACAUGUAUUAAUUGGCUGUUUGUUUUGAAUAGGGAGUGGGGUGGUCGAAGAUCUUAUAUCAAAUAAAAUUUUACGUGGGGGAUUUCGCGGAUAUUUUUUUGUUCAGGUAGAUUUAUAUUUGCCAAAAAAGUUUACAAAAUGAACUACGACAGAUGAUCAAGAAUCAGAUUUCCUAUUUAAAUAACAGUUGAAGGGUUCUUGUAUUUUUUGCCUUGUAAUUUAGACCAAUAAAACAAAAAGAAUAUAGCUAGUUUACCUGUUCCUAGAGAGAAAUGGCAGGAAAUUAAAAAUCAUUGUUUGAAAAAAAUAAAAAAGCCUUGUGAAUUGAUCAAUUUUAACUAAGAUUUUAUUGUAAAUGCUCUGAAAGUCUGUCAUUGCCAUCUAUGAUAUACGCUCUGAAAGUCUGUCUUUACCAUCUAUGCUAGAGUAUUGUAUACGCUCUGAAAGUCUGUCAUUGCCAUCUAUUCUAGAGCAUUGUAUAUCCGCCGAAAGUCUAUCUUUGCCAUAUAUCCUCUGAAAGCCUGUCUGUCACAUCGAUUUUAGACUUUUGUGUUCGAUCUGAAAGUCUGUCUUUGCCAUCUAUUCUAGAGUAUUGUGUUUGGUCUGAAAGUCAGUUAUUGCCCUCUAUUCUAGAGUAAUGGGCCUUUAAGUAUUGUCAUAUGGUUUCUAUGGUUACCACGUCAUAAUAAUCUUGUAUAAAUCAUACCAGAGACAUUAUAAUUCAUCAUGAAAUGUGAUCAUACAUUGGGUAAUUUAUCCACAUUCUGUUGUAAGUUAUAAAUAUAUUUAAAAUAUAAAAAUAAAAUCAUUGUUUUUC